CCAAAUAUUUAUUUAGGUUUUGAAAUCUUUUAGUUAUAAUGGCGUGUGCCAGAUUGUUGUUUCGCAUUUCAUGUGCACGAAACUAUAGUUUUAAAAACAUUCUGUCAAUACGAAAAUGUACUCGGACUUUAUCACCCAGAGCAAGAUAUACCACAACUGUCCCAAUAGAUGAUGAAUUAUAUGGUUUUACUGACGAUCAAAAACAGUUACGGGCAUCUGUUUCGAAGUUCUUACAAGAAGAACUUACCCCCUUAGCAGAUGAAAUAGAUCGUACAAAUAAUUUUCCACAAAUGCGAUCAUUUUGGAAAAAACUGGGAGACAUGGGCCUAAUGGGAAUCACAGUACCGGAAUCUGAUGGUGGUACAGGUCUUGGAAUUUUUGAACACUGUAUAGUUAUGGAAGAAAUGUCCCGGUCAAGUGGGGCAAUUGCACUUAGUUAUGGUGCUCAUUCUAACUUGUGUGUGAAUCAAAUUGCCCGGCAUGGAAAUGAUGAACAAAAGGCAAAAUAUCUACCUCCUCUUAUUUCUGGCGAUAAAGUUGGAGCUCUUGCAAUGAGUGAACCUGGAUCAGGCUCAGAUGUCGUUUCUAUGAAGUUAAAAGCUGAAAAAAAGGGAGAUUACUAUGUACUAAACGGAAGCAAAUUUUGGAUUACCAAUGGGCCUGACGCUGAUACACUUGUCGUGUAUGCAAAAACUGAUAUUGCUGCUGAAGCUCAAGGUAUUACAGCUUUCCUUGUGGAGAAAGGUAUGGAAGGAUUCUCUACUGCACAGAAAUUGGACAAGUUUGGUAUGAGAGGGUCAAAUACAUGUGAACUUGUGUUUGAGAACUGCAAAGUUCCGGUGGACAAUAUUCUUGGAGCGCACAGCAAAGGUGUCUAUGUUCUCAUGACUGGACUCGAUCUAGAAAGACUCGGUGGUGCUGCUGGACCAGUUGGGUUAAUGCAGGCUGUACUGGAUACAGCAUUUCCAUAUAUGCACCAACGGAAGCAGUUUGGACAAAAUAUUGGUGAAUUUCAACUGAUGCAAGGUAAAAUGGCCGACAUGUACACCAAACUAAGCGCUUGCAGAGCUUAUAUGUAUGGAAUAGCACGAGCAUGUGAUAAAGGACAUUUCAACAACCGAGAUUGUGCGGGAGUUAUUUUGUAUGCAGCUGAAGCUGCUACACAAGUUGCAUUGGAUGGAAUACAAUGUUUAGGUGGAAAUGGAUAUAUUAAUGAUUAUCCUACCGGACGUUUCUUACGAGAUGCAAAAUUAUACGAAAUUGGUGCUGGAACGAGCGAAAUAAGAAGAUGGUUAAUUGGACGAUCAUUUAAUGACAUGUUUAAAUGAAGCCCAACUAAUAACUAGAGAUGGAUUUGAACUUGAACCCACCAGAACGCUGUGCUCAAAAAUAUUAUCUCAAAAUAAUAAAUAAAUCGAAAUGGUGUUCCAGUAAUUUUAAUACACUGCUGUAAUGCUUUUUAAUCCGAAUUAAUUUAUAGUUCUGGAAACUUUAGUUAUAAAAAUCGAGUCCUGUUUAGAACUGUUUAUUUUAAUUGCACUGUAAAGAUCUGAAUUUGCGAUUUUUACUGUGUUCUUAGUGCUAUAUUUAUUAUCUGUACAUCAUGGUUUCAAAUUAUUGCAUAGUACAAAUUGUGAUUGUGUGGUGAUAUGUAUACCCCAUUUUUGGUAAGGUAUUUCUGUUUAUUUUCAUUUAGAAUUUUAAAUAACUUGAAUUAUGACAGAGGUCAAAUAAAUUUAUGAUCACAAAA